CGUGAGUGCAGGUGUGCAAUUCGCGUCUGCUGCGUGCCAAGAUGACCGACUGCCGAAGAUUCCUAGGCUCUGCCGCUGCCGUCGUGAUGCUGUCACGCGGCGCGCACUGUUUCGUAGCGCACGGUUCGUUGGGCUGCUUCAGCUCCCGUCAUGUGGCUGCCUCGGGGCCUCACCAUCACUGGAAAUCCACCGCCAGUGUCUGCGGCAGCGACGGCCGACAGCAGAGCCAGGGUGCCCAUGCGAUGACGGCAAGAGGCGUAGACGAGGCAGCAGCAGCGUCGUCGUCAGGGGGGGCGAUGGACAGGAAACAGCUUCUGUCCAAGGUGUGGAAGGCUGCUCUCUCCCUCUCGGCGUUGGGCGCGGCGGCGGUGGCCACGGGAGGUGCCGCACCUGCUGAAGCAGGCAAGUUGCGGAUCGGCCAAGAUAUCGGUGGGUUCUUGUUGCCGUCCCAAAACCAGCCAACAGAGAUCGUUGUCGGCGAGUCUGACAAGGAAGUCUCGUUGGAGGACUUCGAACGGGCGCUCUUGAAGGGGGAGGUGGCAAGAUGCGAGUUCUUCGGUCCGAAUUUCGACAAGGCCAUCAUCGUGCUCAAGGAUGGUACUAGAGCUCUGAUAGGCGAGGGGUACCCGCAGGAGAGGGCGUUCAGCGAUGACAGCCCGAUGAAGGUGGUGGGCCUGCUGAGGAAUGCCGGCGUGCCCUUCACGACCGAGUUCCGUAUGGCCAAGUACUCCAAGCCGAAGUCUUACAAGAGCUCCGAAACUUUGGAGGCGGAAAAUCGACAAAAGUCCGAAGACGCGACGCUGGACCGCUUGAUGAGGGGCCCAUAGAUGAUGAAGAUAGGGGGGGGGGUACUCAUAGU